GCAUUCAACCACAACUGAGAACAGAACUAGUGCAGAAUGUCACAGGUCCAGGGCAAGGGACCAAAAGGAACUGUUUUGUAUGAGCGAGAUUUAGAAAAGAUACCUGAGUCGCGCAAAUGCAGGAACACUUGAACAUUCCACGGUAAAGGAUCUGUCCCAGCAUGUCUGCCUAUUACAGGAAUAAUGGGUAUGAGGAAGAGCCGGAUUACCCUGGUUAUUCAGGGUCUCGGAACCACACGCAGGGGUAUUUGAACACCCAGGAUUAUCCAAGUUCUCUGAACAACUCCGCUUACUCCAAAACCAGGGGGAACCCAUACUCUGCAGACUCCAGAACAAGUCCACACCAUCCCCGGUCUCUAGCAGAACCAGAUUACCCUGGAUCUUUGAGUAAUCCAGACUAUCCUGCCAUCAGAAACGAUCCGUACUCUGCAAGCUCCAGAAGACACCCAGGCUAUCCCCGGUCUCUAGCAGAACCAGACUAUCCCGGGUCUCAGAAUAACUCAGACUACCCUGGCGCCAGGAGCAAUCCAUACUCCGCAGGCUCCAGAAGAAGCUCAGACUAUCCCACAUCUCUGGCACAGCCAGAUGCCUCUUGGAGCAAUCCGUACCAUCCAUACUCAUUCAAAGAGCCAGACUACUCUGAAUCUCCACGAAAUCCUGACUUUGCAGGUCCCAGAGGCAGUGGGAACUAUGCGGGCUCCAGAACAAAUCCUGAUUAUCUUGGCUUCUCGGGAGAACCAGACUAUCCCGGAGCUCAGGGAAAUGCUACCCACCCUGGCCCCAGAGCCAAUUCCAACUAUCCAGGCUCUAGAAGGAAUCAAGGAUAUGCUGGUUCCAGAAUCAAACCAUCCAUAGAUACCCUGGGAGAGCCUGAUUACCCAGGUGCUGAGAAUCAAUCUUACUCUCCAAACUUUUUAGAGAAACCAGACUAUCCUGGCGCUGAGGACUAUCAGAACUCUCCAAAUUUUCGGGGGGAGCCUGAUUACCCAGAUGCUGAAGAUGGUCGUGAUUAUGGCUCUUCCAAGCCUCCGGAAAUGACCAGGGGGGUGCUCAGCAGAACAUCUUCAGUCCAUCAUGGGCGUGUCAGCCCCUUGGGCUUGCUUGCAAGGCAGCAUGAAGAAUAUCCUGAAAACAUUGAAAUGGAAUCCAUGGAGAUGGCAAAUCCCUAUGGCCACUCUGAUAAUGGCUAUGUGAACCCUGCUUAUGUGGAUGAAAGUAGCCCUGGCCCAGCUUAUGGAAACUCACCGUAUGGAGGUGAUUGGUACAAGUCACCCCAAGGACAAAAGUUAAUCGCAUCUCUGAUACCCAUGACAUCUAGAGAUAGAAUUAAAGCCAUCCGGAAUCAGCCGAGGACCAUGGAAGAGAAAAGGAAGCUUCGGAGAAUGGUUGACAAAGAGAAAAGUAAGCAGUCCCGACGUAUCUUUGAGCUCAACUGCUGCACUCAGUGUUUGAAUUCCAUUUCCCUGGCAUACCGGAGAUGCAAGAACAUCCUGUCGGAGCUGCUCAAUUCCAUCAGCCUGUGGCAGAAGACGCUCAAGAUCAUCGGAGGCAAGUUUGGAACCAGCGUCCUGUCCUACUUCAACUUUCUGAGGUGGCUUCUGAAGUUCAACAUUUUCUCAUUCAUUGUGACCUUCAGCUUCAUCACAAUCCCUCAGUUUACCGUGGGCGGAAACAACGCUCUCCAAUUCACAGGACUGGAAUUUUUCACGGGAGCGGGUUAUUUUUCUGACACAGUGAUGUACUAUGGCUUUUACACCAAUUCUACGAUCCGGCAUCGGAGCGGUGGGGCAUCCUACAACAUGCAGCUGGCCUACAUCUUCACAGUCGCAGCCUGUCUGAUCAUCUGCUUCUUCAGUUUGCUAUUCAGCAUGGCCAGGUAUUUCCGGAACAACUUCAUUAACCCCCACAUUUACUCCAGAGGGAUCGCUAAACUUAUUUUUUGCUGGGACUUCACCAUCACCCACGAAAAAGCUGUGAAGCUGAAACAGAAGAAUCUUAGCACUGAGAUAAGGGAGAACCUGUCAGAAAUCCUUCAGGAGAAUGUCAAAUUAACGCUCAAUCAGCAGCUGACCCGCUUGUCUGUCCACCUGGCGGCCUGGGUUAUCUCUACCGGAGUGGCCGUUGCCUGCUGUGUAGCGGUUUAUUACCUGGCUGAGAACAACUUAGAGUUCCUGCAGAGCCACCAGAACCCCGGGGCGGUGCUGUUACUGCCUUUCGUGGUGUCCUGCAUCAACCUGGCGGUGCCUCGCUUCUACUCCAUGUUCGGGCUGGUGGAGCACUAUGAGGUUCCGCGGCAGGAAGUGUAUGUCCUCCUGAUCCGAAACAUCUUUUUGAAAAUAUCAAUCAUUGGAAUUCUUUGUUACUAUUGGCUCCACAAUGUUGCCCUGGCUGGUGAAGAGUGCUGGGAAACGCUGAUUGGCCAGGAAAUCUACCGGCUCCUUCUGAUGGAUUUUGUGUUCUCUCUAGCUGAUUCCUUCCUGGGGGAGUUCCUGAGGAGAAUCAUUGGGAUGCAGUUUAUCACAAGCCUCGGCUUACAGGAGUUUGACAUUGCCAGGAAUGUCCUAGAACUGAUCUACGCACAAACGCUGGUGUGGAUUGGAACCUUCUUCUGCCCUCUGCUGCCCUUUAUCCAAAUGAUUACUCUUUUCAUCAUGUUUUACGUCAAAAAUGUGAGUCAGUCUGAAGUCGGAACCAAUCAGCGUGGCUCAUUCACAUGUGACCCCGUGGUGGUUGGAAUCAGGAGUGGGAGGGUGUGGGGGCGGGCUGAGAAGGUUAUCGGGAAGCCAGUAUCUGGCUGGGGUCCCCCUGGCCUGCUCACAGAUGGUAGGCGGCCACUCCUCUCUCUUCAGAUCAGCCUGAUGAUGAAUUUCCAGCCUCCGAGCAAAGCCUGGCGGGCCUCACAGAUGAUGACUUUCUUCAUCUUCUUGCUCUUUUUCCCGUCCUUCACUGGGGUCCUGUGCACCCUGGCCAUCACCAUCUGGAGAUUGAAACCGUCCGCUGAUUGUGGCCCGUUUAGAGGACUGCCCUUCUUCAUUCACUCCAUUUACAGCUGGAUCGACACCCUGAGUAAAAGCCCCAGCUACCUGUGGGUGGUCUGGAUCUACCGGAACCUCAUCGGCAGCGUGCACUUCUUUUUCAUCCUCACCCUCAUCGUAUUAAUCAUCACCUAUCUUUACUGGCAGAUCACAGAGGGAAGGAAGAUUAUGAUCAGGCUGCUCCAUGAACAGAUCAUUAAUGAGGGCAAAGAUAAAAUGUUCCUGAUAGAAAAGUUGACUAAGCUGCAGGACACAGAGAGGAGAGCAAACCCCAGCUCGUUCACACUGGAAAGGACAGACGUGGAGGAGCCGGGCCCUUUGCACAGCAGGGAACAUGAAGCUGCUCAUGACCUGCGAUUUAGGAGGUCAGUUCAAGAAAAUAGUCCAAAGGCCUGAGGAUUAUUGUGGUGGCCAGACACCAAUCAAAAAGGACAGAAGAUAAAGAUGGAACAACGUUUGGAGCUUCUCGGAAGAAAAUUCAAGCCAUUUGGUAGGAGUAGAAACUGACCACAAUGUAAAUACUGAAGUAAAAUUGGCCAUUCCCUGCUGCUAUUUAACACUUGAAUUGCUGAUUUUUUAAAGAUAAAACAUUUGGGAUUUUCUAAUAAAGACUGUCGUAAUAUUUUAA